AAAAAACUUGUUGGUGUACAACUGCACAACGGGUGGAAUCAACCCUUUCUUCUGGGGAGAAAUGGGGCAGUACGUCAUGUCCACGUUCAAAAGGAACCCCCUGGAGCAGGCCUUCCGAACCCCCAACGCUCACAUGACCUCCAGCUACUUGAUAAACCAGUACUGGAUCACCGUCAGCCACAAGGCGCCCGCCAUCCUCUACGACCUGUACAUGAGGCUCACGGGGAGAAAGCCCAGAAUGAUGAAAAUUAUCAAUCGGCUGCACAAGUCUAUGACUCUCCUGCAGUAUUUCUCCACCCAGUCCUGGAACUGGUCUUCAGAUAAUAUGAAUAUGUUAAUGACUCAUCUUAACACAGAGGACAAAAAGCUGUACAACUUCGAUGUCCGUCAGCUGCACUGGUCAGAAUACAUCGAGAGCUACUGCAUAGGGGCCAAGAAGUACUUGCUGAAUGAGGACAUGGCAGGAAUUCCAGCAGCAAAGCAGCAUUUACGGAAGCUGAGGAACAUCCGCUACGCGUUCAACACCACCCUCCUCGUCAUCAUCUGGCGCAUCUUCAUCGCCCGGUCGCAGAUGGCUCGGAACAUCUGGUACUUUGUGGUGAGCCUCUGCUACAAGUUCCUCUCCUACUUCAGGGCAUCCAGCACCCUCCGGCACUGAAGCCACCCAUCAGCAACCCGCCCCUUCCAGAAGGACCUCCAUCUCCUCUGAGCAGCAACUAUGGGCAUCGGGGUCUGACAGUAGCAGAAAAUUCCACUCCCCCCACCCCCCAACAGCAGCUGGCAUUUGUUUGUGCACUGUUAUAUGAUGUUCACCUUUUUAAUUUAACUAAUGCUUUAAUACGUGGUGGUCUUUCUUCCAUAGGACCAGGCCAAUUUUUUAAAGCCAUAACUGAAGCUUUAGGAACAGGUCAAGCUGUGGAACCCUUCACCUAGAGUCUGAUGUGCAAGAGUAAGGAUUAACCAAAGUCGUUGUCUUCCCAUGUACUACCCCCCUAGGCUAUCUUAAUCCCAUCUUCUUCCUCAAGAGAGGCAAAUUUAAAGCAUAGAACCUUGGCAGAAAAGGACGCCAAGGAAAUUAUCUUGUAAGGGGUCUUCCUAAGGAGGCUGUUCCUUCAUUCUCAUUGCGUGAAAUGUUACCUUGUUGGAAAAAAAACCCCAAAAUUUCACUUUCCAGUUUUUCAAAACUUAGAGGGGGAAAAAGAUGAGUUACACUGGGCCAGUGAAAACACAGAAUAGUUUUCAGAUCUUGUCUUAUAUUGCUACUGAGGACUGAUGCUUUCAAGCCAUAACUGAAGACACACAUAGAGUUGAUGCACCUGUGUUAACUCACAAGCUGCUUUCUUACAGACAGGUCUUUCUUUCUCUCUGGUUAAGGUUUCAGUCUACUAAAAAAUCCUGAUCUUGCAUUUAUCACAUUUGCUCAGAACAGUGUUGGGGUCUUGAAAAACGCUCUAUUAACUCUGGGGACGAAGAGAAGACUUUCUCAAAAGACCGAAGAAGAAUUCAGAAACUCUUUAUUAUUUUAAUAGAUCUUUUUUCCCCCCUGGAUUUGUCUGCAGGAAACCUCUCUCCCUGUAACUCAAAACCAGCCUGAUACUGUGCUUCACAUGCUUUCAUUACAGCUAAAUCACUUUACACUUUCUUUGCCAGUGGAGGUGACCAAUUGCAAAGACACACAUGGAGGAAACACCAUCGGGCCAGUUCCGCUGCCACUCUUUGUCAGUAGGCAUUAAAAAGCCUGAAGGUUGGUUUUGUUGGUACUGUUGGACUCCGUGAUCUUAAAGGUCCAACCUAAACAACCCUGUUAUUCCAUGGCUUCUCUGUAAAAACAGUCCUGCACUGUGAGGCUGAGCCCGAGGACCUUCCCAACGCUCGUGGCUAUCGGAGACACUUGUUCCACACAGUGAAGU